AUGACAGACCCGUUUGUCAUCUAUGAAUAUUUUGAUACCCUCGAGAAAGCAAUUAAGGACAAUGAACUGUCCCUGAAACCAGAAUUAAUAUGGAAUCUAGAUGAAUCGUCCUUUUUACAUGACCCAAAAAAAUCUAAAGUUGUUGGAGCCCGUGGUCAACCUAGUUCCAGAACAACAAGCGGACCAGACAGAGAAAACACGACGAUUCUCUUCGCUAUUUCAGCUUCAGGUCUGAAGGCCCCACCACUCAUAGUUUUCGAAGGAAAACACAUUUGGGAUAGCUGGAUAGCUGAUGAAAGGAAUAGUUUCGAGGGAAUGGCUUAUGCUGCGAGUGCCAAGGUACUAGGCCAAGAAAGGCCAAUUUUACUGAUAUAUGAUGGUCAUAGUACCCAUAUGAAUGUGAAAUUAGUGGAGCUAGCUCCGCAUACCUCACAUCUCUUGCAACCACUUGAUUUAGCUGUAUUCAAGUCUCUUAAAGAUGCUUGGGAUAGGGAACUCGUCAUGUGGCAAAGGCAAAAUAUUGGUCUUAAAAACCCAAAAAAGAAAUUUUCAGAGUUAUUGGGCUCAGUAUGGAAAAAUCUUCAUUCUGAUGUUAUAAAUAAUGGUUUCAAGAAGGCAGGAAUUGUUCCAAUCAUCAAAAAUGUCAUAUCUAGUGAAGUAUUCGAUCCGGAAUCUUUAAGGAGAUGGGAAGAUGAAAGAAAUAAGCAGGGGUCCGUUGAACCAGUACCAUCCACUUCCAAUUAUCAAGCCAUCAUCCACACUAUUUCUAUCAAUGAACAAAUCGAUAUUAUUAGCUCUGCUCCCACAGCCCAUAAUACUGUUAUCGAAAGAAGUGACAGUACCGUCGAAAUUCAUCCAAAACAUCCGUUCAAACAACUGUUAUUGAGAACGGUAAAACAAAAGACAACACCAGGUUCUUCUAAGAGAAAAAGAGUCGCAAAUGGUGCGGAGGUCAUAACUCACCCUGAAGUUAUUCAGAGACUCAUUGAUGAAGAGAAAGAGAGGUUAACGAAAUCAAAAAAUAAAACGCAAAAACGACCGAAGAAAAGAAAUAAUGGAACCAAGGGAGUAGUUCCUAAGAAAGUCUCGACAAAGAGAAAAAUCCGUAUAAGUACGAGCAGUGAGUAUUCAAAAGAUUCAGAUGAUGUGAUUAACGCUAACUCCGACGAUGACUUAGACCCUGAGAUAUUUGAACAGAAGAAGAAGAGAAAGGGGUCGAAUAAGGGGAGGAAGGAGAUAAAAGACAGGAAGGAGAGAAAGGAGGAAAGGGAGAGAAGAGAGGUGAACA